UUGCUCGGCUCUAAUGCUGUUUGACCACACACGUCUCCACUGAGCAUCUCUGCCGCCACAGACCAGCCAUGAAGUUGGCUCUGGGCAGGAUAGCCGGCACCACCAUCAGCACGUUAACAACAGGUGUCCAGUAUCUCGGCUCCAACGAUGCCAGCUACCACGACCCCUCCGUCGACUCGACCCUGAUCAAGAGCAGGUCCCACUUUGAGAAACCUCUCCCCGCCGCCAUCGCCCACUCGCUCUCUGCACUUGUCCCUGGGAAUAAGGAGGUCCUCUACAGAGGCCUCUCUCCCAUCUUCCCCACCAACGUGUCAGACCUUUUGCUCGCCAAUGGCACGUCUCUGGAUAGCGGAGGAGCGCCACAGUGCGGCGAAGACUUUGCCGACAACAUGGAGUGCUUUAUGAUUUUGACUCCUGGUCAGCAGCUCGCCGUCGCCAUCUUGGCGCUCACCCUGGGCACGUUCACGGUGCUGGAGAACCUCAUUGUGCUGUGCGUGAUCCUGCACUCCCAGACGCUCCGGUCGCGGCCUUCCUACCACUUCAUUGCCAGCCUGGCAGUGGCUGAUCUGAUAGGAAGCAUCAUUUUUGUCUACAGCUUCCUGGAUUUCCAUGUUCUCCACAGGAAGGACAGCCCCACCAUCUUCCUCUUCAAGCUGGCCGGGGUCAUCGCCUCCUUCACUGCCUCCGUAGGAAGUUUGUUUCUCACCGCAAUCGACCGAUACAUAUCCAUCCACAGGCCCAUGGCGUACAAGCGCAUCGUCACAAAGACUAAAGCCGUCGUGGCCUUCAGUGUGAUGUGGACGAUCUCCAUUGUCAUCUCACUGCUGCCCCUGCUGGGCUGGAACUGCAAGCAACUCAACUCCGUCUGCUCGGACAUCUUCCCUCUCAUGGACCAGAGGUACCUGAUGUUCUGGAUCGGCAUGACGAGCAUCUUGCUGCUGUUCAUCAUCUACGCCUACAUGUUCAUCCUCUGGAAGUCCCACCACCACGUCGUCCGCAUGCUGAGCCGCAGCUCCCAGAGGAGUGUGAUUGUCUACACGGCGGAGGGGACCAAGGUUCAGACAGCGAGGCCCGAGCAGGCCCGCAUGGACCUCCGCCUGGCCAAAACCCUGGUCCUGAUCCUGGUGGCCCUCAUCAUCUGCUGGGGCCCGCUGCUCGCCAUCAUGGUCUACGACCUGUUUGGGAAGGUGAACGACUUCAUCAAGACCGUGUUUGCCUUUUGCAGCAUGCUGUGCCUGCUCAACUCCACCAUCAACCCUGUGAUCUACGCCAUGAGGAGCAAGGACCUGCGCAGGGCCUUCCUCAACAUCUGCCAUAUGUGCCGGGGAGCGACGCAGCCCCUGGACAGCAGCGCUGAGAGCGACUGGAACAGCAGGAGUGUGAGAGGAACAGCAGGCGGGGCGGGCAAAGGCGGAAACACCCAAGUGAAAGUAGCCCGGGUUACUGUUUCUGGAGUGACUGAGCCUCACACUGCAGAGGCCGUUUGAGAGACGAGCUGCUCUGCUACAGCGGUGAAAUGAUGAUGGUGUAGAGCAGCCCCGACCCUCCAGUGCACGGCUCUGUGACUGUGAAAUGUGCCAAAACACAAGAAACAGACUUUAGAUCUGUGAUAUUAACACAACACUGUUCUCCUCUGUCUUUACCAUCAAGACAUGGUUUGUAAGGUCGCACAAGUCUGAGAAAUAGGCUAACUUAAUUGUUUCAUUCAGGAAAUAAUACAGUCGUAUUCCCGACAACUUGUUUUGUCAUCUUUACUGUAGUUUGACUUUCUUUUACGGAUUUCUACUUAAAGCUAGAACUUGUAUUUUCAUUGAUGUACUUUCGCAGCAAUAUUGUGGCAGUAAUGCAAACUGAAACUGGGUCCACCCUCAUGCAAGGUGCAAGGUGUGUUUUUGAACGAUAGCUUGUAACAAAGUAAUAUAAGCAUUUCAUUAGUGAUUUGAAAUCCACUACUGAGGGUUAUGUGAGACCAUGAUAUUGUGAAAUUUAGCAUUCUAUUGAGUUUUACUUUAUUUAUUUUCUUUACUGUGCUUAGCAGGGCAAACAUAUGGAGUCACACUUUGAAGUGUAAAUUUCCUUUUGAUCAAAACAGAACUUCACUCAGCAGUGAUUUGGGAAUGUUACAUAGAUGUUUAUUACUCGUGCUUAUAAAACCGUUGUUUUUGUUUGUUUGUUCUUCUGAGGCGUGCAUUGUGCCAUUGUGUUCCUUAAAGCUGUGUAUAAGCCAAAACAUGAUGUCCAUGGAUAUAUAUGUCUAUUUUUCAUCAUAAGUGGUUUGAACAUACCUGGAUCUUUUCAAUAAAAAAAUUGAAAAAUGACAAACCAGCACAUCAGCGGCUGCAGCUGAUUUAAUUUAUAAGAGAUGUGUAUUUCUUUCUCGUCGAGGUUUAAAAGUGUGUGUGCGUGUGUGUAAAUGUGACCCCAAAUCAAGGCUCUGG